AUGUCGGAUGGGAGCAGCGAUGACAAGGGGUUAUCCCAACCAAACAAGCCCGAAGAUUCCGACUGUGAGCCAAUCAAAGGCAAAAAGAUUUUCUUUGCCCCUUCUGGAAAUGAACAAACAUUCAUAGAUCACGACUGCACACUUGAUGACGAUGGAUAUCCACUAUAUCCUAACCGCCAAACGAUUUUUGUCAAAACCCCCGACAUGACGGUCCGAAACUUUGGCUUUGUUGGUUUCACAAAGACCUCCAAUGUUGAAUGGCGAGCAGAUAAAACUUGGAAAAUGACGCGAUUUUCCUGCCUUGGGGCUUUGAUUUGCACCGAGCCCGGAUGCCAGUGGGUAGGGUCUCCACCCACCGCCAAGAAUGCAAUUAAGGAAUACUUAGAAACGAAUCCCAAAUGCCCUGGAGCCGCUGGAAAGUGUCCUGGAAUAGUUGGUCACCAAGCCUGCAACAACACAAUGGCCCGAUUUGAUGAGAACAAGGUCACCAAUUGGGCCAUUCUCCGACAUCAUGGCUUCCACCACCACCCAUGGCCGUCUCCAAAGAAGCCGGACCCUCUUUCAAAACUCAAGCUCAAAAAUGAAAUCAUGAAGAAUCCUAGUGCUGGUGCGUUCAAGCUCAAAUUAGGCAAGCCCACAGCUCCAUUGAAUCCUUUCGAAAGUGUGACAAAGAUCCACGAGGCAUUUGUGAACAGCGAUCGAGUCCGUUACCAUCGUCGACUCAUGCUCACUGAGCUGGGGAUCAACCCGGGCAAGGGGGGCGCAGGGUUAGGCGAUAAAUUCUUGCUGGAUAUGUUUCAAUGGAACCACGUGGGUCUCCUCAUCAUCUCAUCAUCUUUCAAACCCGGCAUGGAGCACUUCACAUUUCAAACCAAAUGGAUGGCCGAGCGUUUGGUCACUCGCGAUCACAACAACGAGGUCUACAGUGGGGGCCUCCUGUCAGAUGUAACUUACCGGCUAUUUGAGACCGGCUAUUUGUUAUCAACCUCAAUGUUUUGUGAGGAGACUGCUCGCUGGAUACCGGUUCAACUUUCGUGGAUCCGAGGUCUCAGCGCUGAAUAUUACGAGGUGGUGGAUUUUUCCCUCGCUCAGAGGGAGGGAUUCAUAUCAGCUUACAUGAAAGUUUUCAGGGUUACAGAUCGACAACAGGCCCUGUCAAAGCUGAAGGGGUGCCAUGAGCACUUCCGAGCUCAAGUUACCCGUGUGAAACAAAAUCGGGCAGUAGUGCCCGCUGAACAAGAGACAGUGAUUGUGUUGCAGGCUCAAUUCCAAAAACUUUGCCUGGAUCUUUUGGUUUUACCGGAGGCAGGCAAGCCAUGUCACGAGGAGAAGAUCAACGAACUCCGGCGCCUCUUCCCAAAGACCAAACGAUGGUUGGAUUGGUGGACGAUGGUUGAUGUUGAGGCAAUUCUAUUUCCAUCCAAGCGCGCAAUGAUCACCAACUCCGCCAACAGCAAGGACAACCUCCCUGAUACCACAAAUGCACAAGAAAGUAUGCACCGGUUGUAUUACAUGAUUAGCGAAGGGAAGAAUUGCCUGAUGAUCGGCAUGGCUGAGCUUUUUGCGUUUGUCAAGGCCCUUGAGGAUGACUGGCAUGCAGUCAUGCGCGGAGUAUCCAUCGAAUACGGUGCAAAGAACAAGUCUCAACAGGACCUAGCGAUGUCAAUUGGCUGGCAGAAGCCACCCAAGCGCAACCCAGCAAACCGGAAGAAAGUUGAGCUUAACGAUGGCCGGGCGCCAGACACCACAGCGGCCCUGCUCCCUAAGCCAAAAAACGUUGGCGGCCGACCAAAGAAUUCCCCCAAUCUAAUCAAAGACCCCUUCUCAACAUACAUCUCUUACUCAGCAUCACAGGAAUCAUCUAAAAAAAACCGCUGCUGGUUGGCUGCUGCGCUUGAAAGCCUGUAUGCCUUGUUCAAUCCGCUAUGGCUUCGUGGCACAAAUGGGCUCAAAUCCGAUAUCUUCACUACGCUCGUCAAACAUUUUAAUUCUAGAUGCUCCUGGGAAUUGUCUCAAUCCGGUCACAUUCGGUCUUUCUUAUCAAUUGGUCAAAAUGCUUUACAUGCUGCUGCUAACAAAAUGUCGCCAGGUUGCUUCAACCCCGAAACAUUCGAAUCGGCAAAUAUCGAGCUGUGUUUGGUCCAACAGUUGAUUUUGGUGUGGACUACCGUUGGCAUCUCCUCAGUGUCAGGUCUAUGCUGCAAGUCAUGCCCUUCAACAAAGAAGCAAGACGACGGUCAUCACAUCAUUGAACGGUCAGUCUUCACAGUGGAAAAAAGUGGGGCACCCCAACACUUGUACCUGUUGGUUCAGGUGACAUCGAUCUUUGAUGAGGCCGAUCAGCAGACAUUCAUGGCGGGAUUGGAUUUCCCUUUCCAUUUGGAAUUCCAUGGGGUCUCAUACACCCUGUUCUCUCGCGGAUUCUGGAAUGGGGUCCAUUAUUGGUCCAAGAUGCUCAAGAACAUCGGUGGGAUCUCAGGUGUAUGGCUCCACGACAACCGACAGAACGGGGGGAUUGCACGGCUGAUCAGUCCCAAUCAUAGCACCAUUGCUGGACGUGCUGCCCACACCAGCUGGGUGUUUUACUCUCGAGCUUGGAAUCACAGCGAGGCAAAAUUUGUCGAAGAGAGCAUUGCCAAGAUCGCUCGGGAUAACGAGGGCGCUCCAGGAUUGAUGCCAUUUGCCCAUAUGGGCAUGCUCCUGAGCCUCUCACGAAAUCAGACACCUCCCACAGGAGAUGUUGCUGCCAGUUUGGAUGAGGAAGUAGCCCCAGAGACGAUACCAACAAUUCCAGCGGAGGAGGCCGCAGUUCCAAAAGCAAACCUUACCACCUCAUUUGCGACGGACGUCCCAGCAGACUUGAAACAAAAAGCGACCGGCGAAUUCAAGAUCCGAUUGAAAGUCUUGAAGACUACCGACCACCCAAAACAACCAAUCGAACAAGAUAAUUUUCCAACCAAGCCAAAGGAGGCUACUGAGUCAACGAUCAAACAAGAUAAUCGUCAAACCAAGCCGAAGGAGGCUACUGAGUCAACGAGUAACCCCAGCAUCAAUAAAACAACGACAAUCAAGCCGAAACGCUCAGGCACUCGAGCAAGUACUCGCAAAGCGUCCCAAAAGUGA